CGCCUCGGUCCCCGUCCCGGUCCCCGCACCGGUUCCCGCACCGCCAGCCAUGAGCUCCACGCAGUUCAACAAGGGGCCGUCGUACGGACUCUCGGCCGAAGUGAAGAACCGGCUCAUGUCCAAAUAUGACCCCCAGAAGGAGGCUGAGCUCCGCAGCUGGAUCGAGGGCCUCACGGGCCACUCUAUCGGCCCCGACUUCCAGAAGGGGCUGAAGGACGGGGUCAUCUUGUGCACCCUCAUGAACAAGCUACAGCCGGGCUCCAUCCCCAAGGUCAACCGCUCCAUGCAGAACUGGCACCAGCUAGAAAACCUCUCCAACUUCAUCAAGGCCAUGGUCAACUACGGCAUGAACCCUGUGGAUCUGUUUGAGGCCAACGACUUGUUCGAGAGUGGGAACAUGACACAGGUGCAGGUGUCCCUAUUGGCACUGGCAGGGAAGGCCAAGACAAAAGGACUGCAGAGCGGUGUGGACAUUGGGGUCAAGUACUCGGAGAAGCAGCAGCGGAACUUCGACGAUGCCACGAUGAAGGCUGGCCAGUGUGUCAUUGGGCUGCAGAUGGGCACCAACAAAUGUGCCAGCCAAUCGGGUAUGACGGCCUAUGGCACCCGACGGCAUCUCUAUGAUCCCAAGAACCACAUCCUGCCCCCCAUGGACCACUCCACCAUCAGCCUCCAGAUGGGCACAAAUAAGUGUGCCAGUCAGGUGGGCAUGACGGCUCCGGGGACCCGGAGACACAUCUACGACACCAAGCUGGGGACAGACAAGUGUGACAACUCCUCCAUGUCCCUGCAGAUGGGCUACACGCAGGGCGCCAACCAGAGCGGCCAGGUCUUUGGUCUGGGCCGCCAGAUCUAUGACCCCAAGUAUUGCCCACAAGGCUCUGCGGCUGAUGGGGCUCCGUCUGGCGCCAGCGAGUAUCACGGGGAGGCCUCAGAAUAUCCCCCCUACUACCAGGAGGAGGCCGGCUAUUGAAGUACCCCAGAAUUCUAUCACAUUCUGCAAUGCUGUCGCAGCACCCUGUCUGGGGUCUGGGGGUUUUAUGGGUUUAUCUUUUCCUUUCCUAAUUCUCCUUUUUUAAACGUGUAGUGCCACCUGUGGGAGGGCUCUGUGGGUGAUUGGGGCUGCUUUUGCCCAUUCUGACAGGACUUCCUGUGCAGGACUGAGCCCUGGGCAGAGGUGAGGGGUCAGCGGGUGGGGCAUGUUACCUGGCAGCAGCUUCCCCAGCAGGCUCUAAGGCAGGGAGGGCCAGUUAGGGACCAGCCCCCAAAUGACUUCCUGUUCCCUGUUCUCUCAUCUCUUCCUGAUUGUGGUUUCUGUAGGGCAGAAGUUUCAAGGUAGUUUUAAGGAAAGAAAAGUGUGUGUGUGUGUGUGUGUG